AUGAAGCUGCUCCUGGCCGUGGCCGCGCUCUGCGCAUGCGUGGUAGCAGUCCCCGUCCCAGAAGACAAGGCCGAUGGAGUGUUCCUGAAGAGACAGCUGCUGGUUCUGAAGCUGCUCAAACACAUCGGCCAGCCCGUGGCAGACCCCGACCUCGUCAGCAUCAAGAACUCUUAUGUACCGCUCAACAACCUCGAGAAGUACUCGGACCCGGAGGCGGUGCGGCGGUGCUGCAGCUACGUGUCGACCGGGCGGUCGCUGGCGAGGAACGCGGUGUUCAGCCUGUUCGACGAGCGCCACCGCGAGGAGAUGGUGGCGGUGUUCGAGGCGCUGUACGCGGCGCGCGACUUCGACGCGCUGCUGGGCACGGCGGUGUUCCUGCGCGACCGCCUCAACCCGCGCCUCUUCCUGUACGCGCUCAGCGUGGCGCUGCUGCACCGGCGAGACUGCCGCGGCCUCACGCUGCCGCCCGCCUACGAGAUCACGCCGCACAUGUUCCUCACCACCGACGUCGUGCGCCGAGCCUACCAGGCCAGGAUGCGGCUCAAACCAACUAUCAUCCCUAUGAAAUUUACUGGCUCGGUGAACAACCCGGAACAGAGAGUAGCGUACUUCGGCGAGGACUUGGGCAUGAACUCGCACCAUCAGCACUGGCACAUGGACUUCCCGUUCUGGUGGAAGCCAACCUAUGACCAACCCAAGGACCGCAAGGGAGAACUCUUCUUCUACAUGCACCACCAAAUGACCGCCAGAUUCGACGCUGAGCGGCUGUCCAAUGACCUGCCACCGGUGCGGCCGCUGGGCUGGUACGAGCAGAUCGAGGAGGGCUUCGCGCCGGGCGCCAUGUACGAGAACGGCCAGGAGUUCCCCAUGCGGCCCGACCGCGUCAGCUUCCGCGACCUGCCCUGGCUGCGCAUCUCCAGCAUGCAGGCCUACGAGGACCGCAUCCGGGACGCCAUCGCAGCCGGAUUCGUCAGAACGGUAAGAUCGGACACGGAACACGCUCCGACGGGGGUGCUGUACCUGAACGAGACGGACGGCAUCAACGUGCUGGGUGAGAUCAUCGAGUCGUCCAGACACAGCGUGAACCCACUGUACUACGGCCAGCUGCACAACGAUGCCCACGUGCUGCUCUCCAAGAUCGUCGACCCCGACCAGCGCUACGGGAUGCCGCCCGGCGUGAUGGAGCACUUCGAAACAGCCACCAGGGACCCCGCCUUCUUCCGGCUACACAAGCACAUCGACAACCUGUUCUACGAGCACAAGAACCGCCUGCAGCCCUACAGGCGAGAAGAGCUGAACUUCCCAGGCGUCCAAGUGGAAGCGGUCAAGGUGGUGGGCACGUGCAAGGCCAGCGUCCCCAACCUGCUGGUCACCUACUUCGACGAGACUCACGUCGAUCUCGGCAACGCCGUGGAGUCCGACUACAAGACCGAAGUCAACAUCAAGGCUGUGGUGAACCGCCUGAACCACGAACCGUUCCGCUACGUCAUCACCGUGAGGUCAGAGCGCGAGGUGAAUGGUCUGGUGCGCAUCUUCCUGGCGCCUAAGCUCAACUGGUUCGGGCAACAGGUGCCGCUCAAAGACCUUCGCUGGAGCACCAUCGAGCUCGACAAGUUCCCCGUCAAGUUGAGGGUGGGCGAGAACGUGGUGGUCCGCAGCUCUGAAGACUCCUCGGUGACCAUCCCAGAGCCGCGCAGCUUCCCAGACCUCGUCAAGGACGUGCAAGCCGCCAUGCGGGGAGAGCAGGAGUUCGCCCUAGACAAGUACCACCGCCACUGUGGGUUCCCACACCGCCUGUUGCUGCCCAAGGGUAAGCAGGAGGGCAUGCCCUACCUGCUUUACGUCACCGUCACCGACUACCAGAGGGACGUGGUUGACGACAAGAUGACUCCUGAUGACAUCGAGAGCCUGACCUCCCUCAGCUACUGCGGAGUGCUGGAAGGCAAGAUACCCGACCGCAGGCCGCUCGGCUUCCCCUUCGACCGCAGAAUCGAGUCUGUCGAUGAAUUCAUGACACCCAACUCCAAGGUCAUCGAGAUCACCAUCAAGAACGCCAAGUAGCAAGUUAUGCCCAUCUGAGAACCAGACAUGCCCACCGGACUCGAACAGAACAACACAGUUAACAGCUUCAGCAACUAGAGCCAUCAUGGUGCCUGCAGUCGACGACCAAAUCCACCGAAACACAUCAUAAAGUCGAUGAACU